AGGUUUAUUUAAACACGUGACAACUGACAACAAUUCAACGUAAGAAAAAUAGACUUUGGUGAAUGGGUGGGGCCUUGUGGAUCGACGGCUGUGAUCAAUUAUUGCCUUUUGUUAACUGGCCAUCCAACCAGGCACACACGUUUGGACUGUUUACUACGGAGUACUAGAUUUCCUUUUCUUCUUCUUCUUCUUCUUCUUUUUCUUUUUUUUUUUUUUUUUUUUUUUUUUGAAACUUUGUAUGUGUUAUAAAUAAAAAAUAAACAACAUAAUUUGUACACUUCGUCUAAACUUUCUCUAUAAAUACAGGGCAAAUUAAUUCUCUCUACAUUCACAAUCAGAGUCUUUGAACUCUGUUUCUCCAUUCUGCACCGAAGAGGCAUGGUAACAAGAGCUGCAUCUCAUUAGAAGUAUAUCCCCAACAGUAACUUCAAGGCUAGCUCCACAACAAGUAUAAAUCUGUGAUGCAAAACAAUCAUACCACUAAGGCAAGUACUGAAUUCUCGGGCGCGGCUCAACAAUUGAUGAUGAUGGAGUUCUCAUUCCUCUCCUUCCCAAUUCUUUUCACAUUCCUUCUCUUUAUGUUCAUGCUAUUCAAAACCAAUAUCAGUUCAUCUUCAAAACUGCCUCCUGGGCCAUGGAAGCUACCCCUAAUAGGAAACAUUCCCCAAUUUAUUGGAUCUCUACCCCAUCGCCGCCUAAGAGAUUUGGCCAUUAAAUAUGGACCUCUGAUGCACCUACGACUCGGACAACUUUCAAUUGUUGUCAUUUCUUCAGCAGAAUAUGCCAAAGAGGUAUUGAAAACACAUGAUAUCGUCUUUGCUAGCAGGCCUUUUAAUCCCACGGUAAAUAUCAUAUUUGAGAAUGACAUUGUGCUUGCACCUUAUGGGAAUUACUGGAGACAACUUCGGAAACUUUGCAUAAUGGAGCUUUUAAGUGUCAGACGUGUCCAAUCAUUCCGACCCAUCAGGGAAGAAGAGACCUCGAAUUUGAUCAAAUCUAUUUCAACACAUACAGAAUCUCUCAUCAAUCUCAGUGAAAAGCUUUUCUCGAUUACAUACAGCAUCACUGCAACGGCAGCCCUUGGUACGAAAUUCCAUGGGCAAGAAGAAUUCAUCUCUCUUAUCAGGGAAGCCUUAGAGAUAGCAGGAGGUUUCACUUUUGCUGAUCUCUUCCCCUCGGUUAAAAUGCUUGCUGUGAUAACUGGGCUGAGGCCUAGAGCUGAGAAAGUUCAUCGAAAACUUGAUAUGAUAUUAACUACUGUCAUUGAGGAACAUAAAGCUAGGCAAAUGGCAAAACAGACCGGGGAUGGUGAAACUGAUAAUGAAGACCUGGUAGAUGUUCUUCUAAAAGUUCAGGAGGAGGGUAACCUUGAGAUCCCUUUAACUACGACAAACAUACAGUCAGUUAUCUUGGACAUGUUCAGUGGAGGGAUUGAGACAUCAGCUACAACUUUAAUCUGGGCAAUGUCAGAAUUGCUGAAAAAUCCAAGAGUGAUGGAGAAGGCACAAGCUGAGGUGAGACAUGUUUCAUGUCAAAAAGGACAUAUCCUGAAUGAAGAUGACCUCCAUGAAUUGACUUACUUAAAGUUAGUUAUCAAAGAAACUCUGAGAUUGCACACUCCUCUUCCUUUUUUAGUUCCAAGAGAGAGUAGGGAGAGAUGUGAAAUCAAUGGAUAUGAGAUACCUGCGAAAACCCAAGUCCUUGUCAAUUCAUGGGCAAUUAGUAGAGAUCCUGAAAAUUGGCGUGAUCCAGAGAGCUUUGUUCCUGAGAGAUUCCUUGACAGUUCAAUUGAUUACAAGGGGACUCAUUUUCAAUAUCUACCAUUUGGUGCUGGAAGGAGAGUCUGUCCUGGCAUGUCGUUUGGAAUGGCUAGUGUUGAGCUUCCACUUGCAAAUUUAUUGUAUCACUUUGACUGGAAACUACCCGAGAGAGAGAAGCAAGAAGAUCUAGACAUGACUGAGGCCUGUGGUGCAACAAUUAGCAAGAAAAGAGAUCUAUGUGUAAUUCCCAUUGCUUAUACUCCUUCAAUUGGUGAAUAAGAUAUUAACACAAGAAGGUAGAAAUCAUUGGAUGGUCAUUACUAUAGAAAGGUAAAUUAAGAGCAGAAGUUAUGUGGUCAGCCAGAAAUAACUGAAUAAAGAGUCGGCUUCACUUAUUGUGUUUUUACAGAAAAGUUUUAUAGAGUUUUGAUCUCAAAAGCUUUGCUCUUUGAUUAAGUUCAAUAAACCUCUAACUUCAUUGUAGGUCCACUUUUGAAUCUCA